AUGAAGAAUAGAAGUAGUUUUCUACCAGCUCUGUUGGCUGUCCUAUGCAUGUUGGCAGAUGCCCUAUCUGCUUUCGAUAAUGGCACCCGUGUUGACAAACGACAAUCAACAGACCGGCUGGUGUUUGCCCACUUCAUGAUCGGAAUUACUAGUGAUAGGCAUAGUUCUUCUGACUAUGACGAUGAUAUGAAGCGUGCCAAAUCCCUAGGAAUUGAUGCAUUUGCGCUUAAUAUCGGCGUUGACCCAUAUACUGACCAACAACUCCAACUGGCAUACGAUUCCGCUGCCAACAAUGACAUGAAGGUUUUCAUAUCGUUCGAUUUCAACUGGUGGAAUAUCGGACAGGCUAGGGCAAUCGGCCAGAAAAUUGCCCAAUAUGGCAGUAGGCCCGCGCAACUCAUCGUCGAUAACAAGAUAUUUGUCUCUUCCUUUGCGGGUGACGGACUCAAUGUAGCAGCAUUGCGAGCGGCAGUGGGUAGACCGAUUUUCUUCGCGCCAAACUUCCAUCCAUCAUAUGGAACCGACAUUUCCCUAGUCGAUGGCCUCUUGAACUGGAUGGCAUGGCCAAAUAAUGGAAACAAUAAAGCUCCAAGUGCUGGAAAAAGUUUCUCUGUCGCCGAUGGAGACCAUGUCUAUGUCGAUGCACUUGCUGGAAAAGCCUAUGUCGCCCCCGUCUCACCGUGGUUCUUUACUCAUUUUGGACCUGAGGUUUCUUACAGUAAGAAUUGGAACUUCCCAUCUGACCUCUUGUGGUUUAAUCGAUGGAAUGAAAUUCUUGCCUUGAAGCCGCGCUUCAUUGAGAUUGUGACAUGGAAUGACUACGGAGAAUGUCAUUAUAUCGGACCUUUGAAGUCCCCACACACCGAUGACGGCGCGUCCAAAUGGGUGAACGACAUGCCCCACGAUGGAUGGUUAGAUAUCUCAAAACCAUUCAUUGCUGCGUUCAAAGCGGGCGAGUCUUCUCCCGACAGUCAUAUCUCUUCAGAUGAGCUGGUUUACUGGUAUCGACCGGCGCCUCGAGGUGUUGAUUGCGACGCAACAGAUACAUGCAUGGUUCCAGCAAAUAAUGGUAGUGGAAACUAUUUCAUGGGACGACCCGAUGGAUGGCAAUCCAUGCAUGAUUCCGUCUUUGUGGUUUCCUUGCUCACGGCUCCAGCCACGGUCCAGGUCAAUAGUGGGGGAAGUGUCUAUAACUAUGAUGCACCAGCUGGCGCAAGUGCUAAAGAAAUUCCAAUGGGGAUUGGCUCACAAAGCUUCGCGGUAAUUCGCAAUGGACAGACAAUUCUUUCUGGCACAAGUCUGAAACAGAUCAUCAAUGGUUGUGUCUGUGGUCUGUAUAACUUCAAUGCCUAUGUGGGAACCCUUCCGCCGGGUUUCAGCGAUCCUCUCCAGCCAGAUGGACUUGCUGCAUUUGAGCAGGGAUUGCGUGUUCACACUUGCCAACCUACUCCUUCUCUAGGCACUGUUCCUCCUGGUCCUCCCAGUCCCACAACAAGCAGUAGUAUACCAACUACCUCGCCCACAAUUCCACCCACUGUACCACCCACUACUCCGCCUUCGUCCCCGCCUACUAGCUCGCCCAGCCCCCCUGCCGGAGGUGGAGGUGGAGGGGGAGGAAGUGUUUGCGUCGCUGGAUCAGGUCCUGAGAACUAUAUCGGGCUAGGAUGA